AUGGGUGCACGGGCCGACAUGGAUACGGGUGGUGCCACCAACCUUCCCUUGGAGACCGUGACGAACCAAGGAGUGGGUAUUGCAAAUUCGCCUACCCAAAACGUUCUAAAGAGAUUAAUUAAGUACCAUAAUGUUCAUGUUCUUGCAAUAACGGAGCCACUCACAAACCCUAACCCGGAGCGGUUCUCUAGGGCUUUGGGGUUGGCUUUCAAACGCUCAAAUUCUAACGGGAAAAUUUGGAUUUUUGUUGAGGAGGGUGCAAACUUCGUCGUGGAGGAUGACUCGGACCAGGUGCUGCAUGGCCGCUUUUCAUCCCCACGCCUCGCAAGCCACAUCUUGGUCUCAACCGUCUACGCCAAUUGCACAAGGACGGAGAGACAACACCUCUCGGAUAAGCUAAGGGUAAUCCCGGCCAUCUCCGAGGGCACCCCUUGGAUCGUCGGAGGGGACUUUAACACUAUCUUAUCCCCACAAGAAAGGGUCGGUAGCAACACCAACCGACAAGCCGAGAUGAUUGAUUUCGCCGAGGCAAUUGAGGACUGUAGACUCCUCGACCCCGGGUUCGACGGGUUGGCUUACACAUGGGCGAAGAAUGGCCUCUUGGAAAGGCUUGAUAGAGUUUUGGUUAGUGAAGCUUGGCCACAAAUCUUUGAGGCGACGCGAGUCACCAACCUUCCACGGAUUGCGUCGGAUUAUGGCCCGGUUCUGGCUAGGGGCUGCGGGACACAACGAUAUACCAGAGGGAAGGCCUUGAGAUUCCAAAAUAUGUGGAUCCGUCAUGAGGGCUUCUUGGAUCUUGUACGAGAAGCUUGGACGCAAACCACUGAGGCUGUGGGGCUGCUCAACCUCCAGCUUAAGCUUGCGAGAACCAAGAAAAUACUCAAGCAGUGGAAUAAGGAAGUAUUCGGGAACAUACAUUCCAAUCUAAGGGAAAUGGAGGACAAUGUGGUCGCGGCCCAGUGUGAGUUUGAGGCGAACCCCUCGCCCGCGAAUAGAGCCUUGGUGAACAAGCAUAUUGCUCAAUAUAUCCUUCUCCUCAAAAUGGAGGAGGACUACUGGCGCCAGAAAGCGACAAGAACACGAGAUUCUACCAGAGCUGGGUCAAACAGAAGAGGAUACGGUUACGCAUACAUAAGGUCUCGGUGA